AUGCGCGGGGCCAGCGCUCCUCGCCUUCGCAGCAUCGUCCUCUACCAUUCCGGCGCCAUCCACUCCCUCUCCUGUGAGUACACCCUCGCCGGCGACUAUGACGGGCCGCCGCCGCCGCCCCGAGUGGCUGGUCCGUGGGGCCUCCCGUAUUCCUUCGGCUCCAGAGGAGUUCGUGCCAAGAUCGACUUGGCUUCAGGGGAGUAUAUCACUGCAGUGGAGGGGACGACGGGGCACUUCGCGAACGUCCCCGGCGUGGUGAUCACCUCGCUGACGUUUCGCACCAGCGCCGGCAGAACACACGGGCCGUUUGGCAGCGUGGCAGCAGGGUCGUCGCACUACUUCUCCAUCCCAGCGGCGGACGACGCCUGCAUCGUCGGCUUCUGGGGACGCUCUGGCUGGCUUCUUGACGCCAUUGGAGUUUACAUGAAGCCUUCUUGCUCAUCAUCAUACUACACGGCGUACAAGAAAUACUAUGCAUCCAGACGUCAUGGACCAAAUUAA